AUGUCAUCGCACGGGAAUGACUUCGCUGCCAUCCUCUGCCACGUCUUCCUCUCCUAUGACGGCGCCGUUUUAGGUGUAACCCUAGCGUACUCCGCUGUCCGUACGCUCUUAAAAUUCCGCAGUACUUCCCACGCCCUAGGCAAAGUCGAGAACGCUCCGCAGUUUAGAGUCUCCGAUCUUCGCUCGCUUUUGGAAGACGAUGACAAGAAAUCGAAGCAGUCAGAUCACCAGCAGAAUAAUAGUCGCCUUGUGGUCGUGCGUGGCCACGUGGAAGCAAAAUCGGCGGUUGAGGGAAAGAAUUGGAAGAACUGGACGAAUGGUACUGGCGUUUUGGUCUCUCAUUACAGUGGAGACAAAGCUGUUAUUAUUCAACGAACACAAACUUGGCUGUACAAUGAAUGGAGGGGCUUUUUGGGAUGGACUCCUGAUAUACACGCCAUUUUUGGGAGAUCUUGGAGAAAAAAGGAAUCGUCUUUGAGGACGGUUCCUUUUAUUCUCGUUGAAGGGGGUUGGUGGCCACAAUCUGAUUAUGUUGUUGUGAACAUGGAUGGCUCCAAGCAUCGCUUACCUCUUGUUAGAGUCUAUCAUGAUUUGCAACCGUUUAAUGUUUCUCCUUAUGCACUUCUUCAGACAAUUUUUGGUCAUGAGUGCCCUGUUGGUGUGCUUGACGAAGAGAAGAUUCUUCCACUGGGAGAGAAUAUCAGUGCUGUUGGCAUCUGCAGUUUAAAAAAUGGAGUCCCUGAGAUCCAGUCAUGCAAAGAUCUUCCCUAUUUUCUGACUGAGAUGACAAAGUAUCAAAUGGUAGCCGAUCUUGCUUUCAAGUCACAAGUACUCUUCUGGAGUAGUAUUGUUCUUGGUUCGCUGUCUGUUGGUAUCCUUGGGUAUGCUAUUUUCAGGAGCUGGAAUAGAUGGAAAGAAUGUAGGGAACUGAGACGGUUGCAGCAGUCAACCCAAGCUACUGGAGACAAUGCCAAUUCUCAGGUUGGUGGAGACGAUGAAGCAGCUGGAGAUAUUCCAGAUGGGCAGCUCUGUGUGAUCUGCCUGAUGAGGAGGAGGACGUCUGUAUUUGGUCCAUGUGGGCAUGUUGUUUGUUGUCAUCGAUGUGCCACAUCAAUCGAACGUGAAAUAUCACCCAAGUGUCCCAUUUGUCGCAUGCCAAUCCGUAAUUCAAUGCGGAUAUUUUUCUCUUGAGCGAAAGCGUUUGGUAAUUCGAUGUCGUCUUCUUUUUCACUAGUCCAUCCGAAACUUUCCAAGUCAAAAUACAUAGGCGAAUUAGAGUUGUAGAGUUAAAUUUUGUGAAUAUUUUUUAGUACAUAUUCUUGUAAAUGCUUCUCAUAUUCUUGGAAAUGCUUCUUUGACAGCUAGAAAGUGAUACCACCUAACAAGUUACUGUUA